CCCUCUGAGAACGAGAAAGACAUCUCGUAUUGCAAAUUUGAGGCCAAAACGGCGUCGUAGCAGAGCCCUCCAAAACGCGCUCGUUUUGCCUUUCACCGAGCACAAAUAUCAGAAGGAACCAGCCCACACAGUCUUCCACAAAGCAAAGCAGUUACAGAAACCUCUCUCUCUCUCUCUCUUUCCCUUUCUCUACUCUAUGAUUCUGAUUCCAAAUCCCCAUAUCAAAUUUCUUGCCUUUUCUCUCUCCUAGGGUUUAAUUGAGCAGCUUCAUCUCCAAUCUCUCUCAUUUCCCUCCUCCAAUGUCUUCCUCCAAUUCCAAAGCCGCCCCCUACGGCACCCCCCUCCCUCCACCCGCCGCCGCCGCCGCAUUCACAACCCCAACCACGACGUUCUCACGCGCCAGAGACGCCACCCAGGCCGUCUUCGCCACGCGCCGCCCAUGGCUCGAGCUGGUCCAGCCUUUCUCCAGCUUCACGCGCCCCGAAACUUUUGGCAUGGCCACGCUCCGAAUCAAGAGCAACCUCAGCCACUUCCGGGUCAACUACGCCAUGGCCGUCCUCUUCAUCCUCUUCCUCAGCCUCCUCUGGCACCCCGUCUCCCUCAUCGUCUUCCUCCUCGUCUUCGUCGCCUGGUUCUUCCUCUACUUCUUCCGCGACGCUCCCCUCGUCCUCUUCAGUUGGAUCGUCGACGACCGCAUCGUCCUCGCCGUCCUCGCCGUCGUCACCGUCGUCGCUCUCGUCUUCACCAGCGUCUGGUUGAACGUCCUCGUCUCCAUUCUCGUUGGGAUCGCGCUCGUGCUGUUACACGCGGCGUUUCGGGGCACUGAGGAUUUGUAUAGGGAUGACCUAGAAGGCGGUGGCUUGUUUUCGGUCGUGGGCAGCCCCACCCGUAAUGGCUACACCGGCUUUUAGCUCUGCCUCUGGAUUUUGGGUACCUUUUGUGCCAAGAAUUGAUCUUUGAUUCGGAGGAGGAGUUCAUUUUGGCUGUGGUUAGCUCUAUUCUUUGGUUUUAGUUUUAGUUUCGAGUUUCCAGUUCAGUUGGUUUUUUUCCUUACAACACUUUUGUAAAGGUAGUGAAUUGACCAACCUAUAUAGAUUUUUCUUACUAAAACGUGUAUCAGAGUGCCUGGUUUUAUGCCAAUAUAUGGUGUUGCUUCGA